AUGAUUGCACUGGGCCCUCUCUGCUCCCUUGGGAGCUUGUUCCUCUUGGCUGCUCUGCUCCCUCUGGAGCUGAGUAUGGGGGAGGAAGGGAAGGAGCCAGCUGCCCUGAGUGCCCUGGCUAGGGUGCCUUCCUUGCCCCUCAUCCAGGUGCUGCUGGAGCAGGUCCCCAGUGUCUGGCCCUGCUGCCACCGGAAGCAGCUGGCCAGCAGGCAACCGCUGCGUUACAUGCUCAACCUGUACCAGAAUGUGGCAGACCAGGCUGGGCGACCCCGCCAGAACCGUAAGCUGGGUGCCAAUGCUGUGCGCCUGGUCAGGCCCUUUGCCAAGACAAGGCGGCCUGGGGCAGGUCCCUGGUACAUGCAGACUCUCAACUACCACCUGAAUGUCCAGCCAGGAAUGGAACAUUUGGUGAGAGCCACUGUGGUUUAUUCUAAGACUCUGCUGCUGGCUCAUGCCCAGCUCUUUUGUGUCGUUCAGUUGGCUGGGGAAGCUGGGGUUCCAAAGCUCUCACCCCCUCGAAGAGGCAAGAGGAAUGCCCUUGUCUCCUCUAGGAUGGACAGCUGGGAGGAGAGGGACAUCACCUCUCACUCUUUGCCAUGGGCCUGGGACUCCAAGAAGAGCCAGCUGCUCCGCCUUAAUCAUGUGUGUAGCUGUCUGGGACCAGCUGAUGGCUCAGAGCCUGAAGUUGGCUGGGAGAAGACUGCUUCCUUGAAUGACCCUUUCCUGUUGCUCUACCUCAAUGACACUCGGCAGGGCCUCCGGGCCAAGCUGGGGGAAGCUGGCUUGAAGGAAACUCCUGAUGGGCCAGUGCUGAGUCGCAAAGCUCGCCAGGCAGGCAACCUCAUUCUGGAUCUCCCCAGCUACUCGCAGAAGACCAGCGCUGAGAAGGACGAGUGUGCUCUCCGCUCCUUCCGGGUCAGCUUCAACCAGCUGGGCUGGGACCACUGGAUCAUAGCCCCGCACCGGUACAACCCCAAAUACUGCAAGGGCACAUGCCCCCGCAUCCUACGCUAUGGCUACAACUCCCCCAACCAUGCCAUCGUGCAGAACUUCAUCAACCAGCUGGUGGACCAGAGUGUCCCCCGACCCUCCUGCGUGCCCUACAAGUAUAGUCCCAUCAGCGUGCUGAUGAUUGAGCCUAGUGGCAGCAUCCUCUACAAAGAGUAUGAAGACAUGAUAGCAGAGUCCUGCACCUGUAGAUAAAGUCCUCCGCACUUGAACCAUUCAUCAUGUCUAACAACCUUCAGAGCUUGCAUGAAGACAUAUCGUGAUCCUUCA